GUUUAACAAGUUGCUUUCCAUUUGUAAGAGCAUAUUUUGCUCUUGAUGUGCUUAACGUAAUUACGGAGCUCUUGGGCUAUUCUAAGGAUGAAACAAUUCAGACACUCGGUUGCCAAUCCUUAACAAGGUUCAUCUUCUGUCAGGUAGAUACUACUUAUACUCAUAACAUUGAGAAAUUGGUGAGGAAAGUAUGCAUCCUAUCGCGGGAGCAUGGGGAAACACAUGAAAAGCGCUGCUUAAGGGCGUCAAGCUUGCAAUGCCUUUCAGCAAUGGUUUGGUUCAUGGCUGAAUUUUCAAACAUUUUUGCUGAUUUUGAUGAGAACCUGAAAGACAGGGAGAACCUGGUGAUCCGCUUCUUUCAGCUUCCUUUGUCUCUGUGGACUUUGUUGCUGGACCCAAGUAAUGGAACGUUGCCCCCAGCAUGUCAGAGGUCUAUCUUUGUGCUAUCUGCUUGCAUGUUGAUAUUUGCCUGCAAAAUAUAUCAGAUUCAUGAUCUGAAUGAUGUGUUCAUGUCAUUAGCAGUAUCUGAAGUUGAUCCAUUCUUGGGUAUCAGUGACGAUCAUCAAGUAUAUGCUAAGAUCCAUAUGGAUGUAAGAUAUUAUGGUUCGGCUGCUGAUAAUCAGUUGGCCAUGUCAAUAUUGCCCGAGUUACGAAACAGAAUAUGUAAAUAUCAUCAAACCAUAAAGGAUGUUUUGGUUCAUAAUUUAGCUAUGAUCAUUGAGCUGGAUGCAGAAAACCUGGCUUUGCAAUUGUCAGAGACCUUCCAGCCUGAUGAAGAGUUUAUGUUUGGUCCACAGUUAACUCUUGAUCAGAAUCAGGCGAUUGAACAUUCCCAUGAGUCACUGUCAAUUGAUGGGGAUUUUCCCUCAAACUCAGCAGGUGAAGAUGACACAACCAGUGAAGCUUCCGUCUCUGACAUUUCUAGAUUUAUUCCAAAGAAUCCCGUAUCCCCUUCUGCGCCUCAUGUUAUCAGCAUUGGACAACUUAUGGAAUCGGCACUAGAAGUAGCAAGUCAAGUGGCGGGAACAACUGUCUCCACUACGCCCCUUCCCUACAACACCAUGGCUAGCCAGUGUGAAUCGCUCGGGACAUGCGCAAGAAAGAAGCUCUCAAAUUGGCUGGCCUACGAGAAUCAUCACACACAAACCCCUGAUAGGUUAUUUCUGGCUAUUGCUGAUCAUAGAAACUCAGCACUUGAAAAGGUGGCAAAUGAUGAUGGGUAUGCCCAAAACCAAGUAGCUGCAUUGCCAAGGGACCCUAGGCUGGCUGUGAAACUUCCCCCUGCUAGCCCCUUUGACAAUUUCCUUAAAGCUGCUGGGUGUUAGUGAUAGAUUAGAUGUCUCAUGUUAACAUCUUCUAUGUUAAUUUGUGUAUCCCUCUAAUGUUAAAUAUUCUUCCAGACAGGAAUUUCUAGUAGUAGUAGCUUGACAAAACUUGAAUAUUAUCAUAGUCCUUGUAAUGAGUAGUUGAAUCUUGGUACUUUAUCAUGUUAUUGUAGAACAAUUUCUGAGCUGAACUGUUCAUGUCUUUAUGGUAGAUGUUUUUUUGUGGGA